GGCAAAACUUGUGGAGACGUCACGAUGGCAAUGUUCUAAGGCAGUCGAGAAUCGGAAGCAGGUUUAAGCCUCGGAUUAGACAAGGUCCUUGACCAUCCAAUGAGUUAUUGCGGUAGUAGCCCAUGACCUUUAUUCCAACUCAGACUACUACAUCUUAUCAAGUUCCAACAGCUUCAAAUAGCACUCAUCCACGACCAGGGAAAGCUUACAGAAAGCUGUUUCUGGUGGAGACGAUGACGUUUCCUCGCACUUGACGUCAGUCUGGACGUCUUGACCUUCGUCACCAAGUCCCUUUCGCGAGCCUAACUUACCCCAGUUUCAUUCUUUCCUCUCAUCUCAACAUGACCUCCAAACCCAUACCAGUCACCAACGAGGCCCUCGGCGAGCCCUUGAGCUCAAAAAGCACCAUCCUCGAAACCGGAGCAGCUGUGACCCAGGAUUUCCGACCAGUCAAAAGUAUCUGCGCCCAUCUCAACGCAUUCCAUGUGUACGCAAACGAUACUAGUCGCCACGUCGAAGCGAAUCAUUACUGCGCACAUCUGAAUGAAGACAUCCGCCAAUGUAUCCUCUACGACUCACCGGAUCCCAACGCACGACUUAUUGGUAUCGAAUACAUGAUCACACCCAAGUUGUACGCAACGCUACCGGAAGGCGAACGGAAAUACUGGCACUCUCAUGUUUUCGAGGUCAAAUCAGGAAUGUUGAUUAUGCCUCAGCCAUCAAAACUAGUUCCUACUGGUGUUUGGGAAUCUGCCGAGACGAAGGAAAUGAAGGAUGUGAUUGAGUUGUACGGGAAAGUGUUUCAUUUGUGGCAGACAGAUCGUGGGGAUAAGCUUCCACUGGGGGAACCUCAGCUUAUGACGAGUUUUACGAAAGAGACGCAGUUUGAUUUUGAGAAGAGCGUGAUGGAAAGGGAUGCGAGGUUUGGGACUGAUUAUUUGAGAAAGAGGGAGAUUAGGAAGGGUAUUAAGGAGCCGGAGAUACAUCCUGAUGCGGAUUCUGCUUGGAAGAAAUGAUUGCACGUCCUGUAUGAAGUAUGUAUAUCGAUAAUCUUCACUGCUCGGACCCCCCGAGAUGAUAUCGUCAUCAUCAUCCUAUUACCGCC